AUGGCCGGAAUCAACAUCCUCCAACAGGUCUCUAGGGCCCGGAAUGGUAUCGGGGCGUUCGUGCAUCCUUGCCGGCGUAUAGUGAUCACCUACUGCAACUUCGGUGGCUCCUCCCAAGGAACAAGAGACUUUCUCAGAACCAGACUCAAGAGCUUUGCCGAACAAUAUCCUCACAUCCACUUCAACGUGCUCGAAAAGCCGGGCUUCCACCCCGUGCUCAGAGCAGAGUAUACCGAUGGCCUCGACAAACAGAUCUGUGUGCGCAAGUGGGAUGUCAACGUGGUGGAGAACAAGCUCAAGUUGCUAGUCAACUCUAGCGGAAGAAAACUCUCCAAGCCUAAACAGCUGGUCAAAUCGCUCAACAAGUCCGUCAGAGGCAUCUGGUCGCCAUUCCACGUGGACCCUUCGCAAAGACACAAAGUUUGA